UAUAGUUCACUUUGCAAACAUUACACACUUAUUAUUUAUCCUAUUGAAUAAAUCCUUGAUACUAACAUGGGAAAUUGCCUUAUAAAAAAUCAAAUAUCAUCAAAACAAGAUGAGAAUGAAGACAUCAAGAGAGUUAUGAAGAUGAAGACACCAAAAAGGGAAGAAGAUGGCAUGAAGAGGAAGGUAAGGUUUAAAAUUCAAGAUGGUAACUCUUCUAUAAUGAGGAUUAAGGUUGUGGUUAGUAAGGAAGAAUUGAAAAGGGUGUUGAGGAAUAAGAAUAUUGAGAAUGGUGUUAAGAAUAGUUCUUUGGAAGAGUUGCUAAAUGAUAUGAAGUUGAAAGAAAAAAGUGUAGCUAAGAUUGAAGAAGUUGAUGGAGGGUUAAAUUGUUGGAGGCCAGAUUUAGAUAGCAUUCCAGAGGAUUACUCCAUGAAGUAGGUUGUUUUUGUGUAUUUGUUAUUAUCAUGAUCAAUCCUAUUGUAAAUGAAAACAAUGUUUUUAUUUUAAUUGAUAGUGUAUUGAAUUCUGAGUUAAGUAGGUUCUAUUUGACUCGUGUAGUAAAAAUGUUAAAUU